AUGCGCCUCCACCUGACCAUCCAACGUCACGGCCUGCCAGUGACGCGCAUUCUCUGGACAACAUCCCCGCCGUCGCUCUUCGAGCAGCAAGCGCGCAGCUCUUCGUCCAUAUUCGCCGCGCCCUCUUCCGCGAUCACCUCGUCGCGUGUCCCAAAUGCGCUGUAUGCGACGGGCGGCUAUACCAUCGCGCAGUUACUGGAGGAUGUCAACGAGGUCAUUCCUUUAGAGACCGAGCCAGGCUUAUUCGACAAUGAGUAUAGCGGACAGUGGGGGCUGGAGGACUAUGUGGUCGAGGUGUGCGGGUCGGAAUGCCUGCAUUUCAUGGAGGUGGAAGGUUUGCUCCGCGAUGGGGACGAAGUCUUGAUCCGCGCUCUUCAGAUCUCGGAUCUACGCGCUAGACGUCUGUCUGGGCGUCACCAGAUUUCCGCUGACGGCAAACACCUGAUCGACGGCGUCCCGUUUGGAAAACCCUUCCUGAAGCGACCGACAGCCUCGAGACCCGCAAUUACCAUCCCUCCCCGCAAGAAGCGACGUACAACCUUUGCAUCAUGGGACAAUAGAGUGGGGUAUGACGAGGAAGAUACAGAAUGGGCGCCUCCCCCGCGAGCUCCCUCUGUGAAGGAGACGUCGGCGCUUCAGAUUCGCGAGGAAAACGACGGAGGCUACGGAGAUGCUUUCCAGGGAGAUGACCUCGAGGACUACCACGAGGCCCAUGAAGACACCGGCGAUGGCACGGUGAUUCGGCACAAUGUUGCUGACCGUGAGUCAGAAAGCGAGGCUGAUAUAUCCGAUAUCGAGGACGGUGACCUCAUGGAAGAACUGAAUGAUCUCAAAGCCGAUUUGGAAAAUGUCUCUCCCAUGCCCGAAUCUGACAUCGCGGUCGAUGAGCCAUCUAUAGGACGGUAUCAAACGCGUCAUCAGUCCAAUGUCAAGCCGCCAGCGCCGAGGAAGAGCUCUCUCGCCAGAGCUCCUGCGGAUGCAGACUCUUCUCGGAGAGACUCGAAGGCAGUCAGGUUCGGUCAGCAGGAUGCGGCGUCCUCGACCGUCGCGAAACCCGAAGUUGGAGCGUCUCCGUCUGAGUCUAGUGAUAGCGACAGUGAUAGUUCCUCGUCUGCAAAUGAUUCUAGCGACUCCAGCUCUGAUGAAGCAAACACAGACUCCGACUCUUCGAACGACUCAUCUUCCGAUUCUGAUAGCGAUGAUUCUUCAUCUGACUCGGAUAGUGAUGACGAUUCUAGUUCUGGCUCGGAUGCAUCAUCUGCGUCAGAGUCUGAAGACGAGGGUGUCUCUAGCCUUUCUACGUCUAGGGUUAGCGCCCCUGGCUACGGGUCGCUCCGGACUAAGAAAAGUAACGAACGCAACAAGAUGCGCCGAAGGCUGGCAAAGCUCAAAGAACUAGGAUAUUUACCUCCCGAGGCCGACUUUGCCGCUCUUCGGAGAUGGGAAGAAAACAACGCUGGUCGGGAUGUCGAGUAUCAACCAAAUAUAGAUUUCAAAGAACAAGAGAAGGCCGCGUUCGAGGCCAAGCGGCAACAACUGCUCCGUGAUCUUGAAUCGGGGGGCGUGGAUGUCUCGCCGGAUGUGCACGCGGUCUCGGAGAAGGAAAACGUUCCUCCAGCUGAAUCGGAUCCUGUAGAAGGUCAACCCAAGCAGUCUGAGGCCGUGGCAGACGAUGAAGUUGAGGAAGGCCCUCCGCCGAAGCGACGCACUCUGGAUAUCGCUAGCUCUCGACGCCUGCUUUUCGGAUCACUUGGCGUCCGCACUCCCCGGUCCAAGGAGGAUGAGGAAGCGACCCGGAAGAAAUUAGCGGGAAAGGUUAAUAGUUUUGUUCCUCGGAAAAGUGAUCAGGAGGAAGAAGCUGAUCCGGCGCCCGAAAGUGAUUCGGACAACAAUUGGCAAGACAAAUUGGUCCUCCGGGCCACGGAGUGUCUCUACGACGACAUCGAACUGAGCACUCCACCCUUCCCGUUCGAGCAGCGUUGGGAUUACGAGGCUAGCCAGCUCAUAAGACAACGGAAAGGCUGGGGGACAAAACGGAAGAGACGGAACCGCCUCGCAGUUUAUGAUGGCGAGAGCAACAAUUAUGAGACCGAGGGGGAUAGUUACAUCAACGGGAAUGCCGAGCUUAACUACGACGACACAGAGCAGCUCAACGAUGUUGCAGAUGAUCGUGAGGCCGAACAAGGUGGCGAUGAGCAGGUCAAAACCGAAGAAGAUGACCUCCCUCCCAUGCCUGCUGAUCUGGGCUCAGUCCCUGCGCUCGAAGAGAGUGACUUGAAGCUAGGCUCAGUCAUUGCCUUCAAGACACUAGACAUGUCUAAAGAUACAAACUGGCAGCCCACAAUAUCAGAAUACCGGGUGGCCAUGGUGCACGACGUUUUUGAGGGAAGUGUUGCCAAAGUGCGACUCGCCAAGGAGUAUCGCCGCCGCCCUCGACACGUCGAAGACGAAGAAGACGGCCGCCAAUAUAGUGGGUUUGAAAUGCCCGGGUAUGAGGAUGACGAAGAGGAGGACGAUGGUUUCCGUGAACUCUCGUUCGCCGACCUGAUUGAUCCCAAGCUUCUCCGUGCUGGUGAUGCAGGGGAGGCUGAAAAUGCUAGCAACGUCCAGGCGCUCACCCGUCCCAGCUUUGUGGCAGAGUACACCCCACAGAGCCCCGAGCUGGCUGGAGACGAAGCGACGGGGAACGAUGUCCAGGACGGUCAGCCGUCCACUCAGGCUCCUACCAAGCAGGUCGGACCGGCAGUGUCGACUAUGGAUGGUGUCAUAUCGUCCGAGGUUGGAAAUUCUAGUCCUAGGGUUAAAUCGCCCGAAUUUUCUGGGUUCCAUUCGCCAGACUCGUCCUCGGGCUCCGACUCAGAGAGUUUAGACUCAAGUUCAAGCGCCAGUUCUUCAGAUAGCGAUUCGGAAAGUCGAGAAUCAGGCCCGGAAGAAAGUCGGUCCACGCCACAACCCUCGGGGAUGUAUCCCCAGAGCUCACCUGCGUUAGGCUCCGAUGGCAGCUCGGUGGGCGCCGUCUCCCUGCGCGAUUUGAUCAACAGGCGUUUCAGCCAGACUCGCGACGAUGACUCUUCAAGCCAGAGAUCCGGUGGUGGUACUCCGAGCCGGCCGAGCUCCUCCCAGUCCAUCGUUCCCAACCCAUUUUACGAGAUUGACAAGGCACACGAAGAACGUCGGACGCGGCAAUCCACACGCGCCAAAAGCCUCGGAAUGAAGGAGGGCGACACUACCAUGGACUUUGUCUCGGCCAAUGAGUAUCUCUCUUCCCCACCUUCGGCGCAGCCGGGUGAUGAAGCGAAGAGACCGUCGCCGUCGCAAGAGCAUUCGCCUGUCAGCGAGAUGCCGGAAAGUGGACAGCAGGAGGACACGAACAAGGGACCGGAAUCGCAGCCGUCCGCCGCUUCGACCAUGUCGGGAGAUAUCGUCGACCUGACCCAGGAUAGUCCCCCGGCCUCUCCGGGAGUGAGUGACAAGGGUUCUACCCGUUCUUCCCUCCCGCGCGGGUCUGGUUGGGUACAAAAGAAUCAUUCGACGCGUCGUCAGACCCGGCAGUCGACGGGAUCGCGGGUGCAGACGUUGAAAGAGGUGAGCAUUAGUAGUCCGAGUCGCAAGGGGAAAAGGCGGGGAUCGGGGUUGUAA